CUGGCCCGGUUUGGCCCGGUUGGGACCCGGUUUAGUGGUGCUGGUGGUGGGAUGGAGCGCUUCCUGGCCCUGCUGCGCCUGCUGAGCAGGAGGAGGCGAGGGAGGAGGUACCGGGCGGACGACGACUACCAGGAAGGAUACGAAGACGUUUACUACUACACCAGCAAGUACAACACACACCUACUGAAUGAGGGGCCGUACACCAAACACUCCACGGGGUCGAGACCUCCUGAUGGAGCGCUGGCAAUCAGGAGGCAGAGUAUACCAGAUGAGUUUCGGGGCUGCACCGUGGUGGAGUUGAUGAAAAAGGAGGGGACCACGCUCGGACUGACGGUUUCAGGAGGAAUCGACAAAGAUGGGAAGCCCCGGGUUUCAAACCUGCGACAGGGAGGCAUCGCUGCCAGGAGUGACCAGCUGAACGUGGGCGACUACAUCCGCUCGGUGAACGGCAUCAACCUGGCCAAGUUCAGGCACGAUGAGAUCAUCAGCCUGCUGAAGAACGUGGGGGAGCGGGUGGUGCUGGAGGUGGAGUUCGAGCUGCCGCCCGUCUCCGUGCAGGGGUCAGGGGUCAUGUUCAAGAACGUGGAGGUGACGCUCCACAAAGAAGGGAACAGCUUUGGCUUCGUCAUCAGAGGUGGAGCCCACGAGGACAGGAACAAGUCUCGACCCAUCGUCAUAACAACCAUCAGGCCAGGGGGGCCGGCCGACAGAGAAGGAACCAUCAAGCCGGGCGAUCGGCUGCUGAGCAUCGAUGGCAUCCGUCUCCAUGGCAGCACGCUGUCGGAGGCCAUGAGCAUCCUGAAGCAGUGCGGGCAGGAAGCCACGCUGCUGGUCGAGUACGACGUGUCCGUGAUGGACUCUGUUGCCACGGCGUCGGGGCCGCUGCUGGUUGAGGUUGCCAAGGCGACGGGCUCCAGUCUGGGUGUGGCUUUGUCCACUUCCAUGUUCUGCAGCAAGCAGGUCAUCAUCAUCGACAAAGUGAAGCCUGCCAGUAUAGCAGACAGAUGUGGAGCUCUUCACGCAGGAGAUCACAUCCUGUCAGUUGAUGGGAAGUCCAUGGAGUUUUGUUCUUUGGCUGAAGCCACUCAGCUGCUCUCUGCAUCCUGUCAGACCGUCCGCAUGGAGAUCCUGCCUCAGCACCAGGCCCGACCGGCCCUGAACGCCCCACAGCAUGUCAAGGUGCAGCGUAGUCCCCGCCCCCUCCCCUGGGAAACCGGAGGCUCCGCCCCCAUUCUCCCUCCCUACCACUACAACACGUACCACCCUGACCAAUCAGGUGCCAGGUCUCACAACCGCCAUGCCAACAACCCCUCUCUUAGCCACUCGUUCUCCCCCGGCUCCAUGUCGGCCUACAGUCUGUCCUCCCUCAACAUGAGCACCCUGCCCAGGAACAUGUAUCCCACAAGUCCCCGCAGCACCAUGAUGAGGAGGAAGGCCAAGAAGAAGGACUUCAAGAGUUCCCUGUCCCUGGCGUCCAGCACCGUGGGGCUGGCCGGGCAGGUGGUCCACACGGAGACCACGGAGGUCUCUCUGCUGGGAGACGGCAUCAUGGGCUUCGGCCUCCAGCUGCAGGGCGGGGUCUUCGCCACGGAAACGCUGUCCUCGCCCCCCCUCAUCGCCUACAUCGACCCCGACAGCCCCGCUGAGAGGUGUGGCAUCCUGCAGAUUGGCGACCGGAUUCUGUCCAUUAACGGCGUCCCCACUGAAGACUCCACUCUGGAGGAGACCAAUCAGCUGCUCAGAGACUCGUCCAUCACGGCUCAGCUCACUCUGGAGAUUGAGUUUGACGUAGCAGAGUCGGUCAUCCCCAGUUCAGGAACGUUCCACGUCAAGCUCCCGAAGAAGCCAGGAGUGGAGCUGGGUAUCACCAUCAGCUCUCCGUCCAACAGGAAACCCGGUGAUCCUUUGAUCAUUUCCGACAUCAAGAAAGGCAGCGUUGCACACAGGACGGGAACUCUGGAGCUGGGAGACAAGCUGCUGGCAAUCGAUAACAUCCGAGUGGAGAACUGCUCCAUGGAGGAGGCUGUGCAGAUCCUCCAGCAGUGUGAGGAGCUCGUCAAACUGAAGAUCCGCAAAGAUGAAGACAACUCGGAUGAGCAGGAGGUGUCUGGCAGCAUUAUCUACACAGUGGAGCUCCAGAGGUAUGGAGGCCCCCUGGGGAUCACCAUCUCAGGCACAGAGGAGCCCUUUGACCCCAUCAUCAUCUCCUCUCUGAGCAAGGGAGGUCUGGCUGAGAGGACGGGGGCCAUCCACGUGGGCGACCGGAUCCUGGCCAUCAACAGCAGCAGCCUGAAAGGGAAGCCGCUGAGCGAAGCCAUCAGCCUGCUGCAGCAGGCGGGGGAGACGGUCACGCUGAAGAUCAAGAAGCAGGGCGAGCUGUCCAGCCCCAAGUCCUGCGUGAUAGGCUCCAGCCUGGGGCUGGGGGCGGGGCUUAAUCCGGAGAGCCAGGACGGGGAGGAGGAGCCUGUUGUCAUGGUGGCUCCUCCCACCAGCCGGGGGUUCAGCACCCUGCCCUCGGUGGACAGCGCCGUGGAGUCCUGGGACGGCUCCAACAUGGACAGCAGCUUCUCCACCACAGCUCCGCCCUUCCAGUCGUCCGCCUACAGUUUCCACGAGUGGCGCAACCUCAAGACGACCAACAGCCAAAGCUCCUGCGCUCGCCAGAAGGCCAAUCCGCUGUCAGACCUGGGGCUGAGUGACGACGACUGGGACCGCCCACCGCUUGGAGGAUUCACGGUGGGCCACGAUGGGACAGAACCAGACCAGGAGGAGAACUUCUGGUCUCAGGCUCUGGAGGAUUUAGAGACCUGUGGUCAGAGCGGCAUCCUCAGAGAGCUGGAGGCAACCAUCAUGUCCGGCUCCACCCUCAGUCUGAACCACGACCCCACACCCCUGCGCAGCACCCUCGGUCGGCAGGCCAGCUUCCAGGAGCGGAGCAACUCAAAGCCACAGGUGACGGCUCGCUCCAACACCCUGCCCUCGGACCCCCAGCGCAGAGCCUUUGCCAUGAAAAAGAUGAGACAGGAAGUCAACGACAUCUUGAAUCAGAACCCUGUGGAACUCCACAAGCUCACUUUGGAGAAGGCCUCAGACUUGGAGGAUUUUGGUUUUAGUGUUUCUGACGGUUUGUUGGACCGCGGCGUCUAUGUUAAUAACAUCCGACCAGGAGGCCCGGCGGAGCGAGGGGGCCUCCGUGCCUAUGACCGAAUACUUCAGAUUAACCACGUUCGGACGAGGGACUUUGAUUGCUGCCUAGUUGUUCCUCUGAUUGCAGAGUCUCCCAAUCACCUGGAGCUUGUCAUCAGCCGAAACCUAUCCUCUUCCUCCCCCACCCCUCUGGUCAAUCACAAUGACACCACCAACAGCACCCAGUCCCCAAAGCCUCUGGGCAGCGAGGUGGGACCCCCAGAGCUCACCAUCGACCACGGAGAAGAUGGAGCCUCCAUCAAGUGGAAACAACCAGGAGAUGGGCUGGGGGUUGGGCUUGGGGUCAGCCACAUUACUAACAGUUCCUUAUAGCAGAAAAAAAAAUAGAUCGAGCUGGAUUCAACCAGUUAUGACUAGACCUGACUGAACAAGUCUGUGAGGAGAACGGUGAGGACAACAAUGUCGAAGUCAAACUGCUUUAGAUCCAUGUGAAAACUGGUUCAAUGUGGACCUCCCAUGGUGCUACACACACCCUCUGGAUGAAGUUUGGCCUUUGACCUUUUGAGUUUGACCCUUAAACUGCUAAAGCAGCCUGAAAGCACACUACUGGACCAGAGAAACUCCUCACACAGUCCUCCGAACGGGUUCUUCGUACUGGUAUAACUGGUGUCAAUAGAAGCAGAAUCAUAACUACUGAUCCUACUGGAAACCCAGCCGGAGCUGCUGGCCUUUCUGGUCAAAGAUGAACGGUCACUGGUCCCACAAGCCAUGGCUACUGGUCUGGUUGAAGUCUCAACCAGCUGUACGUGUGGUCUAAAAGCUUAGGACUGCUGGUUUAAAGCGCUUCAACAAUGGUUUUGGUUUGAAAAGUCUAGAAGAGGGCCGCCUGUCCUUCUGGAACUAAAUCUGUCAAAACCUGUGGUGUUACUGGUGAAAGACACAUGUUCUCGUCUUGGUGGGAAAAGAUUCAUGAAUCCUCUUCCAUCAAAGCCAGAGCCAUGUUUUGUCUUACUUGAUCCAAGACACUGUUCUGGCUCAUGUUCCCAAGGUAACAGAGCCAACUCCACUGGUCCUGUCCUGAGUCCAUUUCCCUAAUGGUCCAAUACUCUUAGGUACGCGGGCAGAACUAUGGGUACCAUUCGAUUGGAGCUUGAGCCAUAACUAGUCUUACAGGUCCGAGACGUUGUUCUUGUGAUGGCCUUUGUGGUGAUCGUACUAAAGACCAGAGAUGUGGUCAAAGUUUCUGGGAGUCCAGAGCUCCUAGCUUCACUGGCUAAAAACCACAGCAGCACAAGGACCGAUUGGACUUGAGUCCAGAUCCAUCUUAUGGACAGUAAGGUUGCCAAGGAGACACGGGAUGCUCCAGUCAGUAUCGAUAGCUGAUGCUGACAUGAACCAAACUUGACUAUAUUAUACUCCUACUAACUUUAGUAAGUUAAGAAACAAGCAUUCAGUGGAGAAUGCCCAAAGCACUAAAGGUGAGGUUGUUCUUAAGGACUGCACAUGACACUGGAGAGUUGAUGAUAUUUAGAAUUCAAACAAUGUUUAACCAUCUGGUUCACAGAAAGCUACCCUGCACAGAGUUGAUGAGAAGGAGGACGGAAUAAAGGAUACUGGGAAGAGUCUCACCAUGGACCUGGCACAAAGGUCUGGUCUAGACGUGAGAUUUCAGGAUGGUUAUGGUAAAGUGAGUCUUAAGCUGUAGGAUGUAGGUAGGAGGUAGGCAGUGGGUUGAAGAUCAGAAAUCGUUCAGAAAUGCUUUUAGUUGCCCUUUUAGAAGCUCAUUUUAGCUGCUCAAAGCUCUUAUUUAUGAUGUGGACACAAUAACGACACACUGAUGUUGGCCGUUUUGUUGCAAUACGUUCACUUAAGCUGGUGUGACACGUCGCCACAAAAGAAAACCUUAAGUUGUUUUUACGCUUUUACAACGCUGGCUCUUUGUGAUGCUUUUGCAAACCAAAAAAUAGAGCCAACUGUUCCCAGCACUUUGAUUACAUUUCUUAAAUGGUUGAUAUACUAAAACACUGAGCAAAUAUAGGCCCCUGAAAGCAACACUGUGAAGGCUCGAGGGUCAGAUGAAACACUGGAGAAAUGGGUACUGUACUUUUUUCUUUCUUUUCUGUAGUUAUCAAUUUAAAGAAUAGCUUAGUUAAAAAAAAAACAAUAAAAAAAAAACACGACAAUCGGCUGAUACUGAUCGGAGCAUCCCGACUAAAACAGAGACAUAGGGUUUACUUUUCAGAUUUUAGUUCUGUGCCAUAAACGAGCUGCGUACUGGAUCGAUGAUGAUGAUAACGAUACUGAGCAGUUCAAUACGAAUCUUUUUCUACUGUUUACACCUGUUGGACUGGCCACACUGUGUAUGUAUGUGCGUAUGUGCGUGUGGAUGUUAUGCGUGUCUGUUGCACACAAGGCCAGUUAAGCCCCGCCCACCUCAAUUCCCCGUCUGGGCUCUAACCCCCCCCCCUUUCCCCCUUCCUUCGACCAAUAGGCAGCCAGGAAGAAAGCUAGCAGUGGUUGUGAGAGAUUCAGCUGAUUGGCUGGAACCAAUCAGAAAACAAACAGUUCCCUGCUUGUCUGUGAUUGGUUGAUUUAUGUACUGAGGAGAACCAGUCAGCUCGUAGAAAGAGGCCAAGCAUGACCCCACCCACCUCCUAGUGCCCCCAUUCUCCCUGUCCCAGUAACAGUGAACUAUUAUGCUAAUCAAUAGGUGUGUUUUUGAUUGACUGUUGUCAGUUCUCUUUGUUUGUUUGUUUGUUGGUUUGUUUGUUUGUUUGUUUCAGUGGCCACCGAACCUUAAAAAGAUGUACAAUAGAUUUUAAAAAACGGUUCUGUCGCUGUUCACAUCGAAACCAUGAAGCUCCCAAAACCUUCACCUCGUGACCCUGAAAACAAGACAACAGUAAACACGAGAAAAAAAAGUUCUGUGAAAACAGGCAACCUGUGACAUAAACUGCAUUUUCUGUGUGUUGGUGUGAGAACGAAUGAAUGUGAUUAUUUUGGGUGUUCACAUCUUCCUGCUGUCACCUCUGUCUGAACUCACUAUUUACACUGGCCAAUCAGAUCCUGCCCUCAGCAGCAACCACCAACACAAGUUCCCCCACAGCCAAACAUCGGCUCUCAGUCUGAUCCUGGGCCUGAGAUGUUUGGGAAUAAGCACAUCGCGAGCAUGUAGUUAAGCUAGUGACUAGAAGGCUUUGAGCACAUGGUUGAUAUAGCCAUAGCAUUUGGCCAUUUACACAGCACAGGGCAAAUCAGAGCCACCUGUUAAAAACCUCUUUACUAUCAGGUGAACAAGUCUUUGAUCAGCACAUGGUUAACACAGCUAGUAUGUGGCUAGCACAUAGCGAACACAAGGCUACCAUCUAGCUAGCAUAUGUCAGCACAGCCAAUGCAUAGUUUGCACAGACUUUGCACAAGACUAAGACAGGGCUAGCAUCUGCUAAUUAAACUGCUUCUGCAGGCAUGUCAACACUGAGCUACCACUGCUGUGCUGCUAGUAUCAUGUGCUCCAAUUGAGUUAUGAAGUUGGAAUUUAUGAGUCACCAGCUGGUAAAGUUUGCUGAAACGACUCUAAAUUUGGAGGAAUCGCAUCAGUCCUGACGUCAGAAUCUAACCUGAUCUCUAACCUGCCAUUUUGUGUCUGAUCAAACCAGUUGCAACCUCAGUACUACGACUUAAUUAGGAAGAUACAUGAGAUUUCUGCUGUUUUUCAGUGCAAAAUGGAGCCAAUGCACUGGUGUCAGCUCCAAGGCAAACGUAACUCAGCAGAAGACUUUGACCAGAUUCCUCUUGGAACACAAUUAUUACAAGUGUGAAGCAAUUAAAAACCAACUAGAUGUCAUAGUUCCGCAUUCAGAAUAGCUGGUCCACCCUGUUAAUAAGCUUGGAGCUUUAGCAAGGGUUAAAAAACUAGCCACCUCUAGAAUUUAGUGCACAACCAGCACAAAGUUGAUGGAGCUCUGAUUAGCAUUUGGAUGGGGUUCAUUUUACUGCUAAUACCAAACAAUGCUUGUUCACAGAGGUUACGCCAGCUGCUGAGACUAGCUAGUGAGACAAAUUGCUCCGCGAAUGGGAACAGCCACAGAGCUGAGGGGCGUGGCUUCAGAGAGGGUUUAAUGAGUGAGAUCUAAAGCCAUACACACUGUGCUUGUGCGUAUGUAAUGACUGCGCGCGUGUGUGUCCAGGAGUGCAUUUGUAAGUGUGUGUGUUUGAAUGUGUGUGUGACAUUGCAGGGAUUUGCACUCUAGUGAUUCACCUCAGUAACACAUCCGCCCACACACACACACACAUACAGAUGCACACACAUACACGUGCAUUGCACUGCCAUUUGAAAUAGUGGGUCAGAUUACUUUCCAUGUAGCUUCACCAACCAACCAAACUGUAUUUUUUCUUUAAAGGAACAGGGAUGUUGUAAAGUAUUUUUGUACAAAUUUAAUACUUUGGUAGCAUGACGUUCCUGGUGUUUGUCCUGGUCCUGUCGGGCUCCACUGCUCCUCUCCACUCCCCUUUGUAUGAACUACUUCUGAGCAACAAUAAAGAUGAAGACUUGCUGGGAAAAUUGGACUUCAUGUGUUUUGACAUUAACACACACAUGUUUGUUAAGGGAAUCUAACCUGAAAUUU